GAGUUUUGGUUUUGACUUGACUUGAGUCUCAGUUAGAAUUGUUAUUUGGAGGUUAUAUAGACCUAAUAUGUAUUUUACAAAAUUGUGUGUAAAAAGUUGAAGUGUUGUACCGUUUUCAUUGAAUAGGUUUGAUUUGAUAAAUUAUUGCAUUCGCGUUUGAUAAAAAGUUUGAAAAAAAAAACAAAAAAGUCAAGACAAGUUGUGUUGAAUAGGCUAUCACAAAGUAGGCCUAGCCUAAAAAAAAAUGUUUCCUUUCUGUUACAAAUAACUUAGGCCUAGGCCUUGGGCAGAUGCUGCAUAUAUAUGUUUGCUAGAAUACCAGAAAGUGGAGAACCCAUAGCCAAUCCUUCUAAUUGUUUGAAAAUUUUGCCAUUGAAGUUAGAAACUAAUAGGUUAUAUACUAUACUGUGAUCAUGGCAUUAAUGUCCGAAACAUGGGAGAAAAUAGAUUUGAACAGGAAAAAAGAACUUCAAUUUAAGAAAGAUCAAGAUCAAGAAAGAUUAUUAACCUAAUCUCUGAUUGUAUUUAAAACAGCAGCUAACAAGAUUAGGUUUUUACUACUUACACUAAAAGGCAAAUUUAAGAGAGACAAUAGAUUUGAAAAGGAAAAAGAAACUUCAAUUCAUGUGGCAAGAUCAAGAAAGAUUAUUUAGAUAAUCACUGAUUGUAAAGCUAAAAAAGCUUAAAAGCUAACAAGAUUAAGUUUUUACUACCUAAACUAAAGGGCUAAUUAAGGUAGACAAUAGAUUAGAAGAGGAAAAAGGAACUUCAAUUAUUCAUGUGGCAAGAUCAAGAAAGAUUAUUUACAUAAUCUCUGAUUGCAUCAAAACUUAAAAAAGCAGCUAACAAGAUUAAGUUUUUACUACCUAAACUAAAGGACAAAUUUAAGGUAGACAAUAGAUUAGAAGAGGAGAAAGGAACUUCAAUUAUUCAUGUGGCAAGAUCAAGAAAGAUUAUUUACAUAAUCUCUGAUUGCAUCAAAACUUAAAAAAGCAGCUAACAAGAUUAAGUUUUUACUACGUAAACUAAAGGGCAAAUUUAAGUAAGUAAUUCAUUGUGUAAAACGAGUAUAACUUUUAUAUGGCUGAUGCAAUAUUAGUUAAAAACAACAUAAAACAUCUAAGCCAUUCUUUAAGUAGGCUAAUUUAAUAUGAUUGAACUGAAAAAAAGCAAAAUGCCUUCAAUUUAACACACAUACAUAACUGUUAAACACUUGAAAGUCCUACAAAAAUAACAUAUUUUAAUACACAUACAAAGCCAACUAACUAGUUCCUAUUAGUUACUGCCAAGUCUGAUAAGUUAGAAGUCAAAAAUUAAAAAUUAAAACAUGUUAAAGAUCAUCAAAAAACCUCCCCUUGAGGGUCCAAUUUGUAGACAAAUGUUUUCAACUCUAUCGGCAAUGAAGUUUCAUAUUUAUUUACACACGGGCGAGCGUCCAUUUAGAUGUUUGAUGUGUGAGAAAACAUUUAUUCAUCUACACCAUGUAAAGAAUCAUGUGUUGACACAUCCUGGGAAUUGUCCUUAUAAGUGCACUACAUGUGGAAAAUACUUCAAAACCAGUGAGAGUAUGAAAAUGCAUACAUUGGUUCACACGGUAGAGCGACCUUAUAAUUGUAAUAUAUGUGGAAAAUCCUUCAAAACUAGGAAGAUUAUGAAAGCUCAUACAGUGGUUCACACGGAAGAGCGACCUCAUAAGUGUAGUAUAUGUGGAAAAUCCUUCAAAACUAGGAAGGUUAUGAAAAUUCAUACAGUGGUUCACACGGAAGAGCAACCUCAUAAGUGUAGUAUAUGUGGAAAAUCCUUCAAAUUCUUGAGCUCUGUGAAGAAGCAUACAUUGGAUCACACCGGAGAGCGACCUCAUAAGUGCGCUAUAUGUGGAAAAUCCUUCAAAACUAAGGUCCAUAUGAAAAUUCAUACAGUGGUCCACACCGGAGAGCGACCUCAUUCCUGUAUUAUAUGUGGAAAAGCCUUUAAAACGAGUAACAGUAUGAAGAUUCAUAUGAAGAUUCACAUGAAGAUUCAUACAUUACUUCACACAGAAGAGCGACCUCAUAAGUGCGCUAUAUGUGGAAAAUCCUUUAAAACUAGGAAGAGUAUGAAGACCCAUGCAUUAUAUCACACAGAAGAGCGACCUCAUUUGUGUAGUAUAUGUGGAAAAGCUUUCAAAACCGAUAUCGAAAUGAAGAUACAUACAUUGGUUCACUCGGAAGAGCGACCUUAUAAGUGCACUAUAUGUGGAAAAUCCUUCAAAACUAGGAGCAAUAUGAAAAGUCAUACAGUGGUUCACACGGAAGAGCGACCUUAUAAGUGCACUAUAUGUGGAAAAUCCUUCAAAACUAGGAAGGUUAUGAAAAGUCAUACAGUGGUUCACACGGAAGAGCGACCUUAUUCGUGUAGUAUAUGUGGAAACCUCUUCUCAACCAAAGCAGUAAUGAUGCGACAUUCAUUGAUUCACACUGGAGAGCGACCUCAUCAGUGUGAUAUAUGUGGAAAACUCUUCUCAACCAAAGCAGUAAUGAUGCAACAUUCAUUGAUUCACACUGGAGAGCGACCUCAUCAGUGUGGUAUAUGUGGAAAACUCUUCUCACGCAAAGAUUUAAUAAUGCAACAUUCAUUGAUUCACACUGGAGAGCGACCUCAUAAGUGUGCUAUAUGUGGAAAACUCUUCUCACGCAAAGCAGGAAUGGUGCAACAUUCAUUGAUUCACACUCGAGAGCGAGAGCAACCUCAUCAGUGUGUUAUAUGUGGAAAACUCUUCUCAACCAAACCAGAAAUGAUGCGACAUUCAUUGAUUCACACUGGAGAGCGACCUCAUAAGUGUACUAUAUGCGGAAACCUCUUCUCAACCAAAGCAGUAAUGAUGCGACACUCAUUGAUUCACACUGGAGAGCGACCUCAUCAGUGUGCUAUAUGUGGAAAACUCUUCUUACGCAAAGCAGCAAUGAUGCAACACUCAUUGAUUCACACUGGAGAGCGACCUCAUCAGUGUGCUGUAUGUGGAAAACUCUUCUCAACCAAACAAGAUAUGAUGCGACAUUCAUUGAUUCACACAGGAGAGCGACCUCAUAAGUGUGCUAUAUGUGGAAAACUCUUCUUAAGAAGAGCAGUAAUGAAGCGACAUUCAUUGAUUCACACUGGAGAGCGACCAUAAGUGUACUAUAUGUGGAUAACUUCUCAACCAAAAUUGUAAUGAAGCGACACUCAUUGAUUCACACUGGAGAGCGACCUCAUCAGUGUGCUAUAUGUGGAAAACUCUUCUUACGCAAAGCAGCAAUGAUGCAACAUUCAUUGAUUCACACUGGAGAGCGACCUCAUCAGUGUGCUGUAUGUGAAAAACUCUUCUCAACCAAACAAGAUAUGAUGCGACAUUCAUUGAUUCACACAGGAGAGCGAGCGACCUCAUAAGUGUGCUAUAUGUGGAAAACUCUUCUUAAGAAGAGCAGUAAUGAUGCAACAUUCAUUGAUUCACACUGGAGAGCGACCUCAUAAGUGUGCUAUAUGUGUAAAUCUCUUCUCAAUUAAAUCAAAUAUGAAGCGACAUUCAUUGAUUCACACUGGAGAGCGACCAUAAGUGUACUAUAUGUAGAAAACUUCUCAACCGAAACUGUAAUGAAGCGAAAUUCAUUGAUUCACACUGGAGAGCGACCAUAAGUGUACUAUAUGUAGAAAACUUCUCAACCAAAACUGUAAUGAAGCGAAAUUCAUUGAUUCACACUGGAGAGCGACCCUUAGGGUGGCUAGUGACCUGGAAAACCUGGAAAUGUCAGGGAGUAUUAAAUAUCUGGAAAAGUCAUGGAAAAGUCAGGGAAUUUGGUCAUAAGUCAGGGAAAAUUGUAAAAUUUUUAAAAUAAUUUUAAUAAUUGUUAGGAAAGGUCGAUCUGGUAAGAGUACGUAUGCCGUGUGGGUGAAAACUAAGAAUUAUGUCUGUAAAAAUAAAUUUUGUGUUUUUGUACAAAUUAAAUUUGGUUUAAACUGUGUAUCAUCUUAUCAAACUCAGUUUAAUUUUAUUAAGGCAAGCUGCAAAGUUUGAAUAUAAGCUAGCCUGUAUCUAUAGAUUUUAUGUUUUGUUUUUUUUUCGUGUAAACAAACAUUAGAUAUUCUUCAGAUAAAGAUUAGUCCUUUUGAAGAAUUAGUUAGUAUUAAAAUUGUAAUUUUGAAUUUGUUGAUCAGGGAAAGUUUAAAAAAAUUCAUGGAAUUGUCAGGGAAAAGUCAGGGAAUUUUUCAAUGUGAUUUCACUAGCCACCCUGAAGUGUACUAUAUGUAGAAAACUCUUGUCAAAUAAAUCAAAUAUGAAGCGACAUUCAUUGAUUCACACUGGAGAGCGAGCAUAAGUGUACUAUAUGUGGAAAACUCUUCUCAACCAAAACUGUAAUGAAGCAACCGUUGGUUCACACUGGAGAGCGACCUCAUAAGUGUACUAUUUUGUGGAAAAUCCCUCAAAACCAAGGACAAUAUGAAGAUUUACACAUUAAAACAAAACGCUCAGGAGUCGCUCUCCAAGUGCACUAUAUACUGAAAAUUGUUGCAAAUUAGAAGCAUUAUGAAGAAACAUACAUUAAUACACUAUGGAUAGCGACCUUAAGUAUAAACUAUGUAGGAAAUCCUAUAAAAGUAACAAAAAUAUGAAGCAACAUGCACCAGAGAGUGACCUCAGUGGAAAAUCCCUCACUGUCUACAGGAAAAUAAAGAAACAUACAUUAUUAGUUAGUUCACACCGGAGAGCAACCUUAUAAGUGUUACUAUGUGCAGAAGGCACUUUGCAUGCCAAAGCUAUAUAAACAAACAUUCUUUGGUUCAUAUUAGAGAGUGAUCCAAAAGUGGAGCUCAUUCAGAAAAUCCUUCUAAACCAACAUCCCAUAUACGGAAAAACUUUGGGUGCAAUAUAUUUAAUUACUUGUAUCAUUCUGUUAGCUUAGGUUUUAAUAAAAUAUCGUCUUUUACAGGAGAGACAAUAGAUUUGAAAAUUAACUUCAAUUCAAGAAUGGCAAGAAAGAUUAUUUACAUAAUCCCUGAUUGUAUCAAAACUUAAAAGCUAACAAGAUUAAGUUUUUACUACCUACACUAAAGGGAAAAUUAAGUAAGUUAUUCACUAUGUAAAACUUGAAUUUUACAUACAACUUUUAUAUGGCUGAUGCAAUAUUAGUUAAAAACAACAUGAAACAUCUAAGCCAUUCUUUAAGUAGGCUAAUAUAAUAUGAUUGAACAAAAAAAAGCAAAAUGCCUUCAAUUUAACACACAUAAAAAUAUUUAAGCAAGAGAUAUUUAAAGUUAAUUAAUAUACACACGAAUAACUGUUAAACAACUUAAAAGUCCUACAAAAAUAACAUAUUUUAAUACACAUACAAAGCCAACUGACUAGUUCCUAUUAGUUACUGUCAAGUCUGAUAAGUUAAAAGUCAAAAAUUGAAACUAAAACAUGUCAAAGAUCACCAAAAAGCCUUGCCUUCAGUGUCCAAUUUGUAGACAAAUGUUUUCAACUCUAUCAACAAUGAAGUGUCAUAUUUAUUUACACACGGGCGAGCGUCCAUUUAGAUGUUUGAUGUGUGAGAAAACAUUUAUUCAUCUACACCAUGUAAAGAAUCAUGUGUUGACACAUCCUGGGAAUUGUCCUUAUAAGUGCACUACAUGUGGAAAAUCAUUCAGAUCCAAGAACAAUAUGAAAAUUCAUACAUUAGAUCAAACGGGAGAGCGACCUUAUAAUUGUAAUAUAUGUGGAAAAUCCUUCAAAACUAGGAAGAUUAUGAAAACUCAUACAGUGGUUCACACGGAAGAGCGACCUCAUUAGUGUAGUAUAUGUAGAAAUCCUUCAAAACUAGGAAGGUUAUGAAAAUUCAUACAGUGGUUCACACGGAAGAGCGACCUCAUAAGUGUAGUAUAUGUGGAAAAUCCUUCAAAUUCAUGAGCUCUAUGAAGAAGCAUACAUUGGUUCACACCGGAGAGCGACCUCAUAAGUGUGCUAUAUGUGGAAAAUCCUUCAAAACUAAUUUCCUUAUGAAAAUUCAUACAGUGGUCCACACCGGAGAGCGACCUCAUUCGUGUAUUAUAUGUGGAAAAGCCUUUAAAACCAGUAAGAGUAUGAAGAUUCAUGCAUUACUUCACACAGAAGAGCGACCUCAUAAAUAAGCUGUAUGUGGAAAAUCCUUUAAAACUAGGAAGAGUAUGAAGACACAUGCAUUACAUCACACAGAAGCGCGACCUCAUUUGUGUAGUAUAUGUGGAAAAGCUUUCAAAACCGAUAUCGAAAUGAAGAUACAUACAUUGGUUCACUCGGGAGAGCGACCUUAUAAGUGCACUAUAUGUGGAAAAUCCUUCAAAACUAGGAGCAAUAUGAAAAGUCAUACAGUGGUUCA